AUGAUAGCUUUGGGAGAUCCAUCAAAAAGUGUCACUUAUCAUCGCCUUUCACAGCUUGCCAAUGAAAAUCCAGAGAUGAUUGAUGAUCCUUUAUUGAGAUAUUCUUUUUAUAAUUAUCCGAUUUCUGUAAAAAGAUACAAUGAAGAGAAAGGAUCAACAAGUUCUUCAUCAUCUUCAAGUUCACAUUCUUUCUUUAAUUGGUCGUAUUCAAAACUAAGAUUCCAUAUUAAUGAAAAUGUAAUCUAUAGAGAUGAAAAGAGUGAUAACAGUCCUAUGGCUAUGUUCGUGCAAAAAUAUACUGACAUCAAAACUUAUUCAUUGAUUAUUUCGAUUUUAUUGAUGUUAGUUUGGUUUUUAUGUUUUUGCUACGAAAGUUACCAAAGUAAAUGUAGAUUCCUUGUACACUUUGACCACGUAAAGGAUUCUAUUCACCAUAUGAUCAAGAGCAUUUAUCUCUUCUCGAGUUACAAAAUGAUCAAUAAUUUAAAUUUGACUUUUAAGGAUUGUCAGAAAAAUGUCAAUUUUGUUUAUGAUUUCAUUAAUGGUUAUAAUAUACAGACUAACGAAGAUUACUAUUAUGUUGUUAAUGUUCUUGGAUAUACAAGUGAUAUGCUAUCGGAUUAUAAUUGUACUUUCUUUGCUAAUUUAGAUCAAAAAGCAAAAGCAAAAGAAAUCAAAAAAUUUUAUGAAGCAGCUUUUACCGAAAUUAAGAUUUUAUUGAAAGAUAGCCCAAUGUCGACUUUCAAGAAAUACUUCAAAUUAUUAAGUGUGUUUUCUACUUUAUACGCUUUUUUGUCUAUUUUCUAUCUCUAUCUUAAUGUUUCAUACACUUUUAUGUGGCUUCCGAAAAAAGCAAUUGAUUUCUUGUCAUCAAGAGAACGCUUAGCUCUUCUUUUGCUCAAGAAGUCAUUGGAGAGCUGGGAUUUAUUCAAAAUCUAUUUUCCCAACGAAAAUCUCAAAAAUGAAGCAGAAGUAAUUAAAAAGAUCGACAAACCAGUUGUGAAACAGAAAAGUCAUCACUUGAAUUUGACAGAUUCAAAAUUAUUUGUUUCAUUCAUUGGAAACUAUGAACAAAUUGACUCAUCCACAUUCGCUUUGAUGAAACCUUCUUAUGAAGAAGAAAUUGAAAAACACACAGAUAACUACUUGAAUGAAAUUGAUACAAUGAAAGGUAGAAGAUGUUCAGACAGCUUAGAUUUUGAAAGAACUGACUUGAAUUUGAACAGAAGAAAAAGCUUGAAUAAUAUUUUCACAUUUAAUAGCAAAGUUGAUUUAGUUGCAAAGACAAUUGAAGAGACAGAACUUAAUUCUUUGAAAGUAUAUUAUAGAUUUUUAAUUAUAUAUUAUGCUCCUUGGUUAGCUAUGUUAUUUAUCUUCUUCAUCUCUAGAUUGACAAUAUUUUUCGUAAUUGAUCAAACUGAAACUUAUUUUAACCAUAUUUUGGAAUUGUUGGGUCAAUUAACAUCACAAUUCAAGACACCAUCAAAUCCUUCUUUUUAUAUUAGGGAACUAGAGGAUUUGUUAAGUUCUGAUGACCUUGUUAGUGUUAAUACUUUAGCUUUGAAUUCAACAAUUAUUGUUGGACUUAUUUUAUUAAUUAUUGCAUUGUAUAUGAUAUAUUUCCUUGAAUAUUCAGUGAAAUUAGGUUAUGAUUCAUUGUUCCACUUCCCUGUUUCUUAUUUGGAAGAUUUAAUGAAAGAGAAAGAUCAGAAGCCGGAGUUGAAAUACUCAGAUAAAGUCAUUGAAAUUGUUUGCGACAAAGAGUCAAAAAUCAUUACAAAUAUUACAAUGAACUGUGAAGAUUUGUUAUUUACUAAUCCUUUAGAUAUAAUUGGAAAGAAAUAUGAUAAUUUGUUCACAAAAGAUGAUGAAAAUAACAUCAGAAUUUUCCGAUUGAAUCAAAAGAAAAAGAAGAAGUUCUUAGAAAGUGAAUAUGAUUUGAAAUUUACGAAAAAGAUUGCUUUAUUUGAUACUGAAAAUGUUGUUCUAAAAAAGAAUUUUAUCCAGAACAUGUCGAAAUUCUUCCAAUUAAACAUCGCAAAAGAGAUUUGCGAGCAUGGAAUUUUCAAAUAUCAAAUCAAAAAUUCUUAUUUAGCUUUCAUCAGAUUUGAUAGUUCAGAAUCAAAUAUUUCAACAGAAUACUUGUUUAAGUGUGUUCAUGAUAUGAUACAGUUCUAUUCGACUGUAAAUUUAAUAAGAAUCAAUGGUUCUCAUAUUAUUUUCCUGUGCAGAGGUAAUGAUUUAUUGAUUCCUUCAUUCUUAGCAAGAGAUUUGAUUUCUUGCAUGAAAAAGAAUAAGAAAUUGUCAGGUUUAAUCAUAUCUUCUGUAUUGAUAGAAAAGAUUGACUUUCGCGGUGAAAUAUCUAGUGAAUAUGAACUUCACAUCAAAAUCGAUAACCAUAAAUUUGAAAGAUUGAUGAAAUCCUCAUUUUGCGUUGAAGAUAACCAUGUUUUCCUCACAGAUAAAUGUAUCUGCCUAAAUAAUUGUGAUGAAAAUCAAAUUAACAACUACAUCCUGAAUACAGGAGUUUCAGGAAAAAUUAUUUGUUUUGAUGAUAUUGACAAUAUAUUGUCAAGUAUAUAUUAG